GCUUCUCUCUUUCUCUCUCUCUCUCUCUCUCGCUGCUGCUUCUCCUACGACUAAAACGUAAUCCUCCAUCCCCGACAGAUCUACCCUUGCCCUAUUUCCGUUUAGAUAUAGGGCUUCGAAAAGCUCACAAUUACCCCACCGGCACGAUAGAAUUAGCGGAAACCCUCACGAGAUUUCCGUCUUCCUGAGGAGAUUUUGAUUGGCGGCCGGUGCUUCCCGCUGCCCCCUUCGCGUGCCAUGGCAUCGGCGCCUCCGCCGGGAGGCGGCAAGGUCUACACCCGUAAAUCCCUCAACAAGGCCGCCAAGCCCGCCUUCCACCCCCGCCCCCCUCCGCCGCCUCACGAUGACCUCGACUCACCCCGCCGCCACCCCCCGCCUCACCCCGUCGCCUCCGACGACGCUUCCUCCGGCCCCAACCGACCCUCCGCUCGCCCGCCGCUCGCCAACGGCCGCGGCUCCCUUGGCCGGAGCGUCGCCUCCCGGUCGCGGAAGGAGGCGCGGGAGCUGCGGCGGAAGCUCGCCGCCGAGCUCGACCAGGUCCGUGCCCUCUCCAAGCGGCUUGAGGCCCAUGAACUUCAGCUAGCCUCGGCCGCCGGGUACACCCGCUCCCAGCUCUCUGUUACGGACCCCAACACCCCCGGAUCUGGGAGGAGGGCGCCCGAGGUGGCGGCGACCGCCGGACCCCUCCGCCGCCAGCUCAGUGUAUCCGUCGCUGCCUCCGAGAAUAACCCGGGUGAGGGCGCGGAGAAGGAUAAGCGGACGCCCAAGGCGAACCAGUAUUACAGGAAUUCUGACUUCGUACUUGGGAAGGAGAAAUCUGCCCCGAACGACCAGCAUAGCCACAAGAAAUCGAAAGCCAUUGGUGGAAAGAAGCCAUCUUCGGACUUGCCGAAUGCUGGCAGUGAAGGGCUGGUGGAUAAGAAACUCUAUGCGCAGGCAUUCAAGAGUUGCAGCACGCUUCUCUCGAGGUUGAUGAAGCACAAGCAUGGAUGGGUGUUCAAUGUGCCGGUUGACGUGAAGGCCCUAGGUUUGCAUGACUAUUAUAGCAUCAUCAAGUGCCCGAUGGACCUUGGCACCGUGAAGUCUCGGCUUGCCGAUGACUGCUACAAUUCACCUCAUGAGUUUGCGGAGGACGUGAGACUGACGUUCUGGAAUGCAAUGACUUACAACCUCAAGGGGCAGGACGUGCAUGCCAUGGCCGAUCAGUUACUCCAAAUAUUCGAGGAGCGGUGGCUUGCCAUAGAAGCUGAGUUUGCACACCUUCCUCGUCCACCAAUAACCAAGAAGCCUCCGCCACUCGACUUGAGGAUGUUGGAGAGGUCUGAUUCCACUGUACAUCCUGUGGCAGCCGAACCAAUAACGAAGCAAGUGAAUCAUUCCACACACAUUGGAAGAGUUCCAGCUCCCAAGAAGCCGAAGGCUAAGGAUCCGAACAAGAGGGAUAUGACAUUUGAGGAGAAGCAGAAACUGAGCAACAGCCUGCAGAACCUGCCCCCGGAAAAGCUGGAGAGCAUUGUGCAGAUUAUUAAGAAGCGGAAUUCGUCUCUGAGCCAGCAUGAUGAUGAAAUUGAAGUGGACAUAGACAGUGUGGACGUGGAGACUCUCUGGGAACUUGACAGAUUCAUCACAAAUUACAAAAAGGCUUUGAGCAAGAACAAAAGGAAAGCCGAACUUGCCACUUCGGUAAGGCAAGCAGCUGGGCAUAAUGCACCAGAAGUGGUGCAUACAAUGACUCAGGAACCUGUUGAUGCCGACGAACCUGAGAAAAUGGUGGAUGAGAAGUAUGUGGCUUCUUCCUCACCAGUUGGAGGAGAAAAGGAAGGGGAAAAUGCAAUAAGAACUAGCAGCUCCAGCAGCGAUUCUGGUUCCUCAUCCAGUGAUUCUGACAGUGAAAGUUCCUCUGCCUAUGGCUCGGAUGCACCACUCUCACACUCACCUAGGACGUGAAUGAAUCAAGCAAGUAUAUGGAUCAUUUUAAAAUGGAGUUGCUUCUCGAAAAAAGAGUGCCACAGUCUUCCACACGAAACAAUCAAGGUGCUCUUUGUUCUGUUAUGACUUGUAGAAUUGUAAGCUAUAAGCUCCUGGCAGCAGUCAUUCGAAAGCCUGCACAAGCAAGGGUUCUGCCAUAUUCUGCUGAUGCAGCAUUGGAUUAUGUUGGUGUAAUCUAUAGGUACAAGGGAAGCUUUCGUUUCAAUUUGGUCACACACAGACACUGUGACUAAUAAUGUAUUUGUUGCUUCUCGGAGCUGUGCUUCACCAGUAACCUAUGGUGAUUCGGUGGUCGUGGCAUCGAGGAACUAUUUCGGUCUCGCAAAAAUCCGCAAGAUUUCCCUUUGAUUUGGAUAGUUUGAUGUAAAUAAUAUGCACACACGAAUCUCUGACUUAAUGCAGUCCAGCACUCAGAUACUGUUGCUCGCCGUAGUAGAGCUGGUAUUUCAUCAUCCUGCAGGGCUUCUGAUGUUAUUUUGUCAUUGUCGAUGCAAGCGAAAGCAGCUAAAACAGGAGUUCCCAUCAAGCAUGCCAGCUAUAUCAUUUGGACCAUCACUUCUCCGGUAGCAGUGAGCGAGAGACGCACACAAGCUACCGAGGACAUCGGUGAGGCCGUCCAAGGUAACAGUAGCACUGCACGGUUCUUUAAUGUUUGUGGGGGUUGAUCGAGUCUGUGGUCUCUAUUCCUGUUUCUUCAUUAUUAGUUGACCUGUGCAAGCUCACCUAGUGAUCAAGUAUUUUGCAUACAGAUUGCUGAUCUAUACCAUAUAGUCUGUUUCCAAAUAGUUAAAUAGUUGGAAUAA